AAAAUACACUAUCGAAGUAGCGAAUGGCAAAUAUGGAAAUUGUGCUUCAAUUCCAGUCCCUUUCGAAACCGAAAAUGGUGAAGCAAACCUGACACCUGGGCAACUUAACCGGCAAUAACCGGUUCCUCACUAAAUACGGGCAUCCGUUUUAAAAAUCUCCAAAAACCGGUCCCUUUUUUAAGUCUAUCUUCCCUCCCUUCACUGUUAUCCGACUUCUCUCCACCUCCUUUGCUCUCUCUCUCUCUCUCUCUCUCUCUCUCUCUCUCUCUCUGCUCCCCAAACCCUAAUUCUCACGGUAUUUCCAUUUUAUCUUCUCAAGAACUCUGAUUUUCCUCUGCAGAUCACUAUAACUUGCCAUUUUCGGUCCCACCGGGAACAGAGCUAGGGUUUCGGAAGAGUCCAGACGGAAAAGCGAGAUUUUGAAGAAGGCACAGCAGAGACCCAAGAAGCCAGCAGCGAAGGCUGCGGUUUCGGAGAUGCAGCAAGCUGUAGUUAAGGACAAUUUGUCGGUGGACAGCAUGUGCUCUUUGGAUUCCAAUUUUUCUUCUUCUUCUACUACUACUUCUUCUUCUACUGCUACUACUUCUUCUUCUUCUUCUACUUGGAGCCGGUCUUCGGCGAAGCUGGCAUGUCCAAGGAGGACUAUGAAGCGUACUGGUUUAAGAGCUGUCAAGAUUGCUCCUGAUGGUGGGAAUUCGCCAAAGAAGGACGUGCCGGUGAAGAGGUGUGAUUGGAUCACACCGCAAUCUGGAUUCCUUACAUGGCCACUGUCACUCACUGAGAUGAAAGUCCAUCAAAUCUGUGCGGAAGUUGAGCCGAAAUGUUAUUUGUAUGUUAGCAAUUUUGGGUGAAUUUCUAAAUUAAAUUGACGUACUACCUGGAAGUUGCUAGAUAUUGCCUCAGUUGUUUUGAUUGUAUUGAGAACAUAGAGAGUUUAAACUUGUCCCUCAAAACAGAUGCCAAUUUAAUAGUAGCAUGCCAAAGUGAUUAGGCCAAGUAGCAUCGUUCUGUCUACCUUGCUAGGUGAAUAAUAUGGGGGACAAUUUUAUUGAAUUAAACUAACUUUUUGUAGUUUUAAUUUUUUUAGCUUGGGCAGCAUAACUACUAAACAUUUAAAUGCCAUUACUGGCCAGACAUGGCAAAAUUUUGCACACAGCUUACUAAGGAUAUCACAAGCCUGCUAAAUUUCACUUCUGGUCCAUGUAUUUAACUAAAUAAGAACUUGUUGGUCCAUUAUGCUUUUAUUUUCAUGUGAACAUUGUGACAUACCUAACUCGUGAAGGUAUUCCAGCAUUUUCUAGGAGGCUUUUCUAGCACCACAUCAAAACAAAUUCUCGCAACCUUUCCUCUCAUUCUAUAUUUCUUUUUUUUUUUUUUAUUCGAAGCUAAUUUAAUAUGUUUAUUUAUUUGUUUAAGCAAGCCACUUUUUCUUGUCCCCUAGAAUUUUUAAAUGUAUAAUUCUUCUUUAAAAUCUUAACAAAUCAACUUAAUCGUGUGCCAUUUUCAGGUUAUUUCCUCUGUUUUCUCAGAUGCCCCAGUUGUUACUUUAUCUGAUUGGAAAAUCAAACUAGCUGUUUAUGGUUCACAUUUAUGUACUUUUCAUCAACAGAUCCAUUUUACAUGUCUUUCCAUCACAUAGCUAACAAUAUCGCUUUUUCGCGCUUUUCACUAUAGACCCACUUUAUAAGUCUUUCCAUGAUGAAGAAUGGGGAGUUCCAGUUCACGAUGAUAGGAAACUGUUUGAGUUACUUGUGUUUUCACAAGCAUUAGCAGAAACGAGCUGGCCA